AUGAUCAAUGCCGCAUGCCGAGUACAUUUAUUGCCCAAUUCAGUUGGCAAAGGUCGCUUAUCGAUAUUUCGUGAAGCGUGCACUAAAUUUUCUCUUGAAUGUGUAACACCGUUUAAUAUCGACAAUGUCGAAUGUAUUAUUGUUGAAGAUUCACUUGAAACAAAUGUUAUUAUUGAAAAAAUUCUCCACCUUGAUCCAUCCAAUGCAUAUAUUCCCCAAUUAGUUAGUACACGAUGGCUUAGUGAUUCAUUACGUGCUCAGCAAUUAUUACCACGUGAACCUUUCAUUCGAUCUUUAGUUUUUGAAGUGACUAAAACAUUGGAUGACAACAGCAAUACUGCAGUCAAUCAAAAACUAUCCCGACCUCAGCUUAACAAUGAACAGUCAUUUCUUCCCAGAAAACGAUCGAAUUCAGACAGUGAUUAUGAUGAAGACGUCGAUAUGAAUAAAACUGAUGAAGAAUUAGUAACAUUAGCUGGAAAAGAGAUUACAUUCGCGAAAGGUAACUGGAUGUGUUGUGAAUCAUCUGCAUUACCAGUCGAUCCUGUAAAUAAUCCCAAUCAAGCAGUUAUUGAUAAACUUCAAGAAAUGGCGAAUCUGUAUCGAAAUUCGAAUGAUAAAUGGCGUGCAUAUGGUUAUCAGAAAGCUAUAAGUACUUUGAAAAAAUGUCAUAAACCAGCAACUACUUAUGAGGAAAUUCGAAUGUUACCUGGCAUUGGCUCACGUUUAGCAGAAAAAAUCGUUGAAAUCAUGGAAACCGGUAGUAUGAUAAAACUAGAAGAAUAUCAAACAGAUGCAGAUAUUGCUGUAAUGGAUUUAUUUGGACAAAUUUGGGGGAUUGGACCAGCACAAGCUAAACGAUGGGUUGAUCUGGGCUAUCGAACAUUGGAUGAUCUUCGAACAAAAGCUAGAUUAACACAUAAUCAAAUGAUUGGAUUAAAAUAUUAUUCUGAAUUUCUUGAACGUAUUCCCAGAGAAGAAGUUAGUCAAAUUGAAAGUGUUGUUAGAGAAGCGGCUGCAUCUUUGCGAACUGGUUUGCUCAUACAAACAUGUGGGUCCUAUCGACGAGGUAAAGCAACAUGCGGUGAUUGUGAUAUAUUGAUAACACAUCGUGAUGGAGUUUCACAUGAACAUUUACUGUUUCCACUUGUUGAUAAAUUAAAAGCGACCAAUUUUCUUGUUGAUGAUCUUGUUUAUACUGAUAAACAUGAUGAAGAACCGGGAGCACAUAUGCGUUAUUUUGGGGUUUGUAAAUUGCCAGGUGAAAAUACUUUGUCACGUCGUAUCGACAUUAUCAUUGUGCCGUAUUCUGAGCAUGCAUGUGCUCUACUCUACUUUACUGGUUCGAUGUUAUUCAAUCGUUCAAUGCGUCAAUUAGCAGAUGAAAAUAAUAUGUAUUUAUCACAACAUCGUCUUCAUGUUGGUGUUAUUCGAAUGGGAAAAAAUAAAGUCAAUGAAGGCCGAUUAGUACCAACACCAACUGAAGAAUCAAUAUUUCAAUAUUUGAAAUUACCCUAUCGACCCCCAGCAGAACGUGAUUAUUGA